GACAGCUCAAAAUGGCUGCGCCCAGGUUUACUCGCUAGCGGAAGAAAACGUGCGGACGAAAUGAGUACUUCUGACAACUUUACUCCCGUGAACACGAAAAAGAAACGCAAAAAAUCUCGAACAUUUCCACGGUCUAAGUCACCACCAACAGAUACAGUAGACUACGACAGUGCAAAGCGAAACAUUUUGUGUGCUGAAGUGGAUAUGCAAUCUUCGCCGUACUAUCAAAAGUUGUGCACCGUUUUCCGAAACUCUGUAUUCAAGGAUUCGAGUGACCCCGUAAAAUCGAUUGUCUGUUACGGACUUGGACAUAUUUCGACAUGUCCUACUGCUCGUUUCCAACUUGCGUUACUGAUGUGUCUCCGUGCCUUGAUUCACCCUGAAGUCAGCGAGGUGUACGAUCCUGUAUUCACUGAAGUAGAACAUCGCCUUUUAGAGUCCUUCGGAUUCAAAGUCAUAGCACUUAACGAGGAAGGAAAACGUUGCGCCAGGGAUAGAACCCUGUUUUACAUGCCACAUUGCGGGAAACCUCUGUACAACAGCGUGUUGUGGGCGAACUGGAGAAAAGAGUCAUUAAGAAAUGUUAUCAUCUUUGGGAACAGUUUUUCCAAUAUCUGGACAACUCAUCUAGAAAGGCAUCUGAAUGAAAGAUUGUCAUAUUUAGUGAGAGUGAAACCAGCCGUGAAAGAGUUUGAUAUCGAAAACGUGUUUCGAUUCACCGACAUUUUUAAUGAUCAGGCAUUGCACACGUUUGACGGAGAGGUCAUCAGCAGUGAAGUGUUCAGUGAGUGCGACGAACCCAGUUAUUGUGAUGACGAUGAGAUCAUUGUAGCCGAAUGACGUAUUUUAAACACGCGUUCACACGCUAUACUGAUGGACGAUAGAGCAUUCAUAAAAUACUUGCACAAGA